CCGCCGUUGCUAAUCCUUCCACACUCCUCCCCCGCAACCACGGGAUCUCUCACUGUCCCACCCCACUCCCUCCUCCAUUUGGCAGUGGCACAUCUAUAUAGGCACCCGGAAUCCCCACUCCCCCACGACGCCGUCCCCGUCCCCGUCCCGACGAAUUGGAAUAGGAGAAGCAAAAGGAGAUUCUCUCAUACCUGUAGCUAGUGCUUGCCGCUCUGCAUCCUAACCCCACGGAACUGCCGUUCGUUUCCCACGAAUCAGAUGAUGGAUCUCGCCGACAGCCAGCAACAGCGGCUCAUCGCCGGCGCGGCUCUGCUGGUCGCCACCGUCGCCUUCUUCAGGUUCCUCCUGCGCUCUCGCUCCGGGGGCAAGCGCCUGCCGCCCACCAUCCCGGGGGCGCCGGUGGUCGGCGGCCUCGUCAAGUUCAUGCGCGGGCCUAUCCCGAUGAUCCGGGAGCAGUACGCCCGCCUCGGCAGCGUCUUCACCGUCCCCAUCAUCAGCCGCAAGAUCACGUUCCUCGUCGGGCCCGAGGUGUCCGCGCACUUCUUCAAGGGCAACGAGGCCGAGAUGAGCCAGCAGGAGGUGUACAGGUUCAACGUGCCCACCUUCGGCCCCGGGGUCGUCUUUGACGUCGACUACUCCAUCAGGCAGGAGCAGUUCAGGUUCUUCACCGAGGCGCUCCGGGCCAAUAAGCUGCGCAGCUAUGUCGACCAGAUGGUUGUUGAGGCUGAGGAGUACUUCUCAAAGUGGGGAGAAAGUGGCACUGUUGAUUUGAAGUACGAGUUGGAGCACCUCAUCAUACUGACAGCUAGCCGGUGCUUGCUGGGAAGGGAGGUGCGAGAAAAGCUGUUCGACGAUGUUUCUGCUCUCUUCCAUGACCUUGACAACGGGAUGCAGCCAAUCAGUGUCCUCUUCCCGUACCUCCCAAUCCCUGCGCAUAAGCGCCGUGACAGGGCACGGGCACGUUUGGCAGAAAUCUUUGCCACCAUCAUCAAGUCCCGCAAGGCCUCUGGACAGUCUGAGGAAGACAUGCUGCAGUGCUUCAUUGAUUCCAAGUACAAGAAUGGGCGCCCCACCACCGAGGGUGAGGUAACCGGGCUACUUAUCGCAGCGCUCUUUGCUGGACAGCAUACCAGCUCAAUCACCUCAACCUGGACUGGAGCGUACAUGCUUCGCUUCAAGCAGUACUUUGCAGAAGCCGUAGAGGAGCAGAAGGAUAUCAUGAGACGGCAUGGCGACAAGAUCGAUCAUGACAUCCUGGCAGAGAUGGAUGUCCUCUACCGGUGCAUCAAGGAGGCCCUUCGUCUCCACCCGCCGCUGAUUAUGUUGCUUCGCCAAUCACACAGUGACUUCACCGUGACAACAAAGGAAGGCAAAGAGUACGACAUCCCCAAGGGCCACAUCGUCGCGACAUCGCCAUCCUUUGCCAACAGGCUGCCCCACAUCUACAAGAACCCUGACUCGUAUGACCCUGAUCGGUUCGGUCCUGGAAGGGAGGAGGACAAGGCUGCAGGCGCCUUCUCAUACAUCUCCUUCGGUGGCGGCAGGCAUGGGUGCCUCGGUGAGCCCUUCGCCUACCUGCAGAUCAAGGCAAUCUGGACGCACCUACUGAGGAACUUUGAGUUCGAGCUGGUAUCGCCAUUCCCAGAGAACGACUGGAACGCCAUGGUGGUUGGCAUCAAGGGCGAGGUGAUGGUUAACUACAAGAGGCGGAAGCUUGCCGUGGACAACUAAGAUUGUGGCCGCAGUCUCUAGAUGCUUGCUUCUUGUUGAUUCAAUUGUUUUCACAUGUUUGUCAGCAUUUGUUCAGUGCAAGUUCUGCUGUACGCAAGCCAGCCUUGUUAGGGGUGUUUCUGUUGUUUAGGAUUUUGAAAUUUGUUUCACUAUGGGGCCGCCAUGAUCUGCAACUUCUGCAUGUUCAGCUUCCUGGCUAAGCAUUCCCCUAUGUCAAAUCUGUAACUUGUAGCAUCUAUAAGCCUGUGGGUCUUUUGUUCAAAUCCUGAUGUUUAUCAUUGUCUUAGAUGGAUGUAAACACAAACAUAACAAAUAACCUAAUGAAUAAACUCAGGUGUUCAGUGUGAA